AGGGCGCUGCGCCUGCGCCGGAACGGCCGUCUCGCUCCCGGAAGUGGAGGGUCUGCCAGGAGAGAGCCGCUGGGUCUCGGUGCCCGGAGGCAGAAGCGCUCGCGAAGCUCGCCCGUCAGCCCCCGACUGCCAUGUCAGCCUUUGACACCAACCCCUUCGCGGACCCAAUGGACGUAAACCCCUUCCAGGAUCCCUCUGUGACCCAGCUGACCAGUGCUCCACAAGGUGGCCUGGCUGAAUUCAACCCCUUCUCAGAGCAGACAAAUGCAGCAACAACGGUUCCUGUCACCCAGCCUCCUGGGCCCUCGCAGCCAGCGGUUCUCCAGCCCUCAGUGGAACCAACCCAGCCAACCCCCCAGGCUGUGGCCUCUGCAGCCCAGGCAAGCCUACUUCGGCAGCAGGAAGAACUGGACAGGAAAGCAGCCGAGCUAGAACGAAAAGAGCGGGAGUUGCAGAACACUGUGGCCAACUUACAUGUGAGAGAGAACAAUUGGCCGCCUCUGCCUUUGUGGUGCCCUGUCAAGCCCUGCUUCUAUCAAGACUUCUCCACAGAGAUCCCUGCUGACUACCAGCGAAUAUGCAAGAUGCUUUACUAUCUCUGGAUGUUGCAUUCAGUGACUCUGUUUCUGAACCUGCUUGCCUGCCUGGCCUGGUUCUUAGUCGACAGCAGCAAGGGAGUAGACUUUGGCCUCUCAAUCCUGUGGUUCGUGAUCUUCACCCCCUGUGCCUUCCUUUGUUGGUACCGACCCAUCUAUAAGGCCUUCAGGUCGGACAACUCUUUCAGCUUCUUCGUGUUCUUCUUUGUAUUUUUUUGUCAAAUAGGGAUCUAUGUCAUCCAGUUGGUCGGCAUCCCUAACCUGGGGGACAGUGGUUGGAUUGCAGCCCUGUCUACACUGAAGCAAGACUUGGCUGUGUCGAUCAUCAUGAUGGUGGUAGCUGGCUUCUUCACACUCUGUGCUGUGCUCUCACUCUUCCUUCUAAAGCGGGUGCACUCUCUGUACCGCCGGACCGGGGCCAGCUUCCAGCAAGCUCAAGAGGAAUUUUCCCAGGGCAUCUUCAGCAACAGGACCUUCCGCAGCACUGCCUCAUCUGCUGCCCGAGGAGCCUUCCAAGGGAAUUAGUCCUGACUCUCUUCCCUGUGUCCCAGCCAUUUUUCCUGCCUGCCUUCUGAGCUGCACUUUCCGUGGGUGCCUUAAGCAGUGCUAUGGCCAGCACAAACCUGGAGAGGGUCUUGCUGUGGCUCUUCCUCCUUCCUCAGCAACCAGCUUUCCCUUCCACCCAAGGGAAGGGGAGGGAGGGACAGGAACUUUUUUUACAUAAGAGAAAAGGGGG